AUGGUGGAUUACAGCAAGUGGAAAGACAUUGAGAUUUCGGACGAUGAAGAUGAAACACAUCCAAAUAUUGAUACUCCCUCACUAUUCCGAUGGCGGCAUCAAGCUCGCGUAGAACGAAUGGAAGAACGUCGCCGUGAAAAAGAAGAAUUUGAACAGAAGAAAUCUGAAACAUACAGGAAAUUAAGUGAAACUAAAAGGAAGAUUGCUGAAACUGAUCCCAAUAGCCCAGAUAUGGAAUCAUUAAAAAAAGCACUAAAUGAGUUAGAGAAAGUUGAAAAAGAAAUAAAGAGCAAGGAAGAAGAGCUAAAAAAGAAAGAAAAACAAACUCCUUGGAAUGUUGACACUAUAAGUGCCCCAGGAUUCACAAAGACUGUCAUUAACACAAAGCCUGCAAGGUCAAAGGAUGAAAAUUUAACUGAAGAGGAGAAAGAAGCAAAGAUGAAGAAAUUUAUCAAAGAAAAUGAAAAACUAUUAAAACAGUUUGGUAUGCUGCGAAAGUAUGAUGACUCUAAGAAAUUCCUGCUGGACCAUAAUCAGCUAGUAUGUGAAGAAACAGCAAACUAUCUUGUUAUUUGGUGUAUUAAUUUAGAAAUGGAAGAGAAACAUGAUUUAAUGGCACAUGUAGCACAUCAAACAAUCUGUAUGCAGUACAUACUGGAGCUAUCAAAGCAGUUGGAUGUGGACCCCAGAGCCUGUGUGGGCUCAUUCUUUUCCAAAAUUCAGUUAGCUGAAAAGACAUACAAGGAUUCCUUUGAUGAUGAAUUAGAACAAUUCAAAGCGCGUAUUAGGAAGCGAGCAGCAGAGAAGAUACAAGAAGCAAUUCGUGAGCAGGAGGAAGAGGAAAGAAAAGCCAGGCUGGGCCCCGGGGGACUCGACCCGGUAGAAGUUUAUGAGGAACUCCCAGAUGAACUAAAAAAAUGCUUUGACGCCCAAGACGUACCAAUGCUGCAAGAGACUAUUGCUAAAAUGCCAGAGCAAGAAGCAGUUUAUUAUAUGAAGAGAUGUGUGGAUGCGGGUCUUUGGGUUCCGGGGAAGAACGACGAGGAACCUAAAAUGAAGGAAAAUGCGGGAGAAUCUGGCGCAGCCACUUCAUCAGCCAGCACUGAAGAUGUAGACUGA